AUGCUGGAUAAGCCAACAGGCUGCCUACUUGAAGAUCACUGGCAAUACACUACAAUUCCGCCCCCCGCUGGUCGUGGCAUGCAACCGUCGGCUAUUUUUACUUCAUUUGCAAUCACUGAACAAAUGUUAGCCUUAGGAAGAGCUUGUAAUUUCACCAUCGACAACCACUCCCUCAAUGCUGACAACAGCCUUGGUGAGAUUUAUAAUGCCUCAAGUAAAUAUUUAUAUGGCUGGACUGCAUUGGACCAACGCUACCUACACCUCAAAGGUGUCAAGUGCCCGCAGCGCACUACCGAGCUGCGCCUGCAUGCUCGGGUUAUACAAACAGAGCUAUUCAUUGCACCAUCAACAACAACUCACCCGGUGCUGACAUUAGGGUGGAUGGAUGCGACAACGAGCUAA